AUGUCUCUUUUUCAAGAAGAGAUUUGGCAAACGUUCUCUGUCUUCGGAAACGUGAUAGUCGAUUGGCCUCGCCGAACAGAAGGCACCGGUGCUCGCGAUGAGGAAUCGGGUCGAGCUCGAUCCAUGACGGGAUAUGUCUUUCUGGUGUUUGAGCAGGAGAGUUCCGUACAGUAUCUUGUGAACGAAUGCCACAAAGAAGAUGAUCGGUAUUAUCUCUUCGUGUCGUCUCCGACAAUGCGAGACAAACCAGUUCAAGUAAGACCUUGGCGUUUGGCCGAUAUGGAUUUUAUUAAGAAUCCAAAUGCAACUAUGGAUCCUCGGACAACCGUAUUUAUUGGAGGUGUUCCACGCCCGACGAAAGCAAGUGAACUAGCCGAGUGUCUCCAACGUCUAUACGGUCCGGUUUGCUACGUCGGAAUAGACAUCGAUCCAGAGUUGAAAUAUCCGAAAGGAGCGGCUCGAGUUACGUUUGUCACCACGCAAGCAUUCGUCGCAGCCAUCAACGGGCGUUUCGUUCAUCUGCAUCACGGAGAAUCACAGAAAAGAGUGGAGAUCAAGCCCUACAUGAUGGACGAGCAAAUUUGCGACCACUGUGAAGGCAAACUGUGCAGUUCACGGUACGCACCGUAUUUUUGCGGUGACGUAGAGUGUCUACAGUAUUACUGUGAAAUUUGUUGGGAUCGCAUUCAUUACCUUGUCGGUACAAGACGCAUGGAACAUCGUCCCCUUGUUCGAAUGGGUGAACAAACCAAAGUAAGAUUUUUUGAACUUGUUUAG